AUGUUGGGCUUAAAUGGUUCGGAUAAAGACGAUACUGUUAUAAAUGAUUUGCCCGACAUUCCGCAUCUUGUGGGCAGUGGUCGUAGUGUGGGAGGUGUCGUAUCGGAGACGGUGGGCGCCUUGUCCAAUGAAAAUCCGGGCGAAACUCAACCUGUUCAGCUGCAGCGCAUAGUAUCACGAUAUUCUACUUUUUUAAGCGUGGCGAAAGUUUCAUAUGGUCGAGAGGCGCUCAUACAAACCGCAAACAGCCAAGAGGAAGAGGCAAAAGCUAAAAAUACAACGCCCACGCAUAAACUGGUCGUUUACGACCUUAAGGGCGCAUGGACCAAAAAUAAUCGCGACGUUGCGUUUGCGCUCUUUGAUUCUUUCAUGAAAUCACAGAAGCUAAAGAACAAUUUGUCGACGGAAGCUGUAAAAAGCUAUCGCAAAGAGACCAAUUCCAAUGUUAUGAAAAACAAACGCAGCGAUAGUACAAUAACUCUCACAAAUAACCAAACCGAAGUACUACCAAUCACAAGUACCAACAGUGCAAUGAAGAAGGUGCAACCGGCCAGCCAUGCUACAGCGAUGUUGCAGCAAUUAAUAGCUGAAGCUGAUCACAAAUUCAAUGUUUAUAGCGAUGAUCAAAGUACACAGUCGCGGGAAUUGCAGCUACAGGGUUUGCAGGCCUGCUCAGCUCAGGAUGUGAUCCACGAAAAUUGGUCAAUAUCACUGGUCAAUUCUCAAGUGCUGCUUAAGGGAUGCGAGACGUCUGGCUACGUAAUCAUUAGUGCCGCCAAAGCGGAGAUUUUGCAACGCGUUCACCGCCCAGUCUGGCGCGAUAGGUCACUUGUGUCCAAAACGACUUGGAAGGGCCUGCUCGAAUGUAUGCAGUAUUAUGCCACAGUUAGCGCUGGAGAAGAUGACUCCCUACUUGAAAAGGAGAUCAUGUGGCUCACUGUGGACAACAUUCAGGAUAAAGACGAUACUGUUAUAAAUGAUUUGCCAGACAUUCCGCAUCUUGUGGGCAGUGGUCGUAGUGUGGGAGGUGUCGUAUCGGAGACGGUGGGCGCCUUGUCCAAUGAAAAUCCGGGCGAAACUCAACCUGUUCAGCUGCAGCGCAUAGUAUCACGAUGUAAAUGUGAAUUCUUCUACGUUAGCUACGGUGACACUAUCGAUCCAAAUACUAUAACCGAAGUUCCACCGCCACCCUCAGAGGAAACUCUAUCGCCGUGGGAAAAACAGGAUGAUCCAGUGGAUGCGUUCACUUUGAUGCAUCAUGAUUUGGACGUCUGCACGAACUCCUUGCAAUAUGCUAUGAUUCUAGAUAUCGUAAACAAUUUGUUACUGUACGUGGAACCACAACGAAAACAAGCGUUAGAGAAAUUGGCGCGUAUGCGCUUUCAAUUGCAGCUGCACUCGACGGAAGAUCAGAAGCGGCCGAUUCAGCAGAAGCAAACUAUGAUACGAAGCUUGCUGAUGAAAAUUCGUUCGCUGGAGAAAGACAUACAUCUGAUAGGCAAGGAUCGUGCAGAGGAGGGCGACACGCUGGAGUUGAGACAAGAAUUCGAACGCGUACAGCUGCAAAUUCGGGAGAGUAAAGAAGAAUUGAAUACACUAAGUGAGGAGCUUGAUAUGAUGUUACUUUGUUACAAGGAGACUCAGCUUUCUCAACUCAGCAAAAUAUCGAAUGUUCGAGCCGAUAAAUCCCUAACUAUAGUUCGUGCGAAUGAGAUUUGUUUUAAACGUGCUCAGUGGCGACUCACAGAAACUGAUGGCCAAAUCGGUAUAUCUGACUUGGUACUCAGCGGCUUUUUAUAUACAAAAAAAUCGAAAAGUGACGACUCCGUGGAGCAUUUGCUGGAAUUGGGAAAUAUUCGUAUGAGCAACUUGAUACCGCGUGAGAUUUACCGUGAGGUUCUCAUGCCAACAGAGAUCCAAAAAGAUAUGCCUAUAGACACACAUAAACGCGUGCUUCGUGUUUUUUGUCGUGAGAAACCUCCGGUAGGCGGAAUUUCAGUCAAGGAACAUUUUGAAAUUAAUGUGGCGCCAAUUACAAUCGCCAUAACUAAGAAAUUCUACAGCACAAUGUUGAAAUUCUGCUUUCCCGAUCGUGAUGCUUCCGAAACAGAGGCUGUAGAUGACAUUGAAGAGAAUUCGUCCAGUUCUUCAUCCUCGUCGGCAGCACAAACGAAAACUUCAAAGAAACCGUCGAAAACGAAAAAGAGUUCCAAGGAUUCCGAGUUCUAUGUAAAAAUCGAAAAGGAUGACGUGGAAAAGAUGAAAGAGCGUGCUGAGAAAAAUAAACUGUUUAUUUACAUAAAAAUACCGGAAGUGCCUGUUCGUGUAAGUUACAAAGGAAACAAAGAGAAAAACCUAGAGGAUAUCACAGACUUUUCGCUAGUUAUACCAACACUCGAGUACCAUAAUGUUACCUGGACUUGGCUAGAUUUGCUGUUGGCCAUGAAAUCAGUCAGUCGACGGGUGAUUUUAUCACAAGCUAUAAAGCAGAAACUUCAAAUACACAGACGACAACCGGGAACAUCUACUGGCGAACGUUCGUCGCCUCAGGAAGAAGACAAAGCAAAAAUGUUAUUUGGAAAUCGCUUAUUGAGCGAAAAUCGAAGCCAAAGAAGAGGGGUUUUCAAAUUCACCUCGACUAACAAGUGAUACCAAGUGAUCAAAAGCUAUGAGACCCUAGUGUUGCACUGUUUUUAAUCCAUCUACAUAAGUAUGUACACAAACGAUUAUGGUCUGGUUGGUUCCAUAAAUGAGUAUACCAUGCAGUAAAAUGCAACACUUCUAUUUAUUGUAGUUUUAAUUUCGUGAAUUUAGGUUGUUUUAACACAGAUACAAUUAAAAUUAAAUCGUUUUUCACAACACUGUAAUGCUAGUAGAACGAGUGUAUCAUAUUUUUUUAAACUACUAUACUAAUUGUAUUAGCACACUUUAUGCAACAUGUCAUAAAAAUACAUUUAAAAAGAAAAAAAAAGAAAAGAUAAAAAAUAUGCUAUGCAGAAAUGUAAAAUAUACUGACACAUUAUGUCCAUUAAAUCGGA